AUGCCAAGCUCUAUCAAUUUAACAGAGCUUCAAACUAAGAAGUUUAGAAGUCCAUCAACUUUUUUCAAAAGUUACAUAAAUAUAAGUAGCGCCACAGGGCAUUUACGUAGCAAACUUGGCGUCGAAGAGCGGCAGAGACUCGAAAAGAUACGUUUGCUCAAAAAGGAGAACUGUGCUCUGGAAAGUGCUAUCAAGAUUCUUGGCAGUUACGAAAAGGAGCGGGAGGUUUUUAGCCUCAUCGAUAAGUGGAGGUCGAUAUGCCAGGCAGGAAUGGCCUACCUGUUGAACUCGACGAUGCUCAAGAUAAGCAGGAUGGGUGGCUAUGAAGAACUCGUUAAGAAAGAAAUCGAGGCCGAAAAACGCAAACUUGAGUAUCAGUUUUCAGAUCAAAUAGAAAGUGGAAUAGACGACAUUUUGGAGUCCGACGAGUUCAAAAUGAUGUCUGAUUUGGAUCAAGCAGAGUUAAAGCAUCAACUUUACCAGAAGAAAGAAGAAGCCGACAAAGCCCAACAAGUGGAGAUUGAAAAGCUCGACGCCAAAGUGAAAGAAAGCUCCGGUGCCGAAUUCACGAUGCAAAACCUUGCCCGACGUCUCAAAGUCGACUAUGAUAUGAUCUUCCAGUCCUGA